AUGGACACAGAUCUUUACGACGAGUUUGGAAAUUAUAUCGGUCCUGACCUUCUGUCCGAUGAAGAAGUUGAUGAAGACGCUGAAAGCAUUCAAGAGGAUGCCAAGUCCGACGAGGAUGUAGAUAUGGAUCAUGCUGUUGUCGGUGUUGGUGAAGAGCCGACGGAGGAAAGCUUGGCGGUAAGCUUCGUAACCCAUCGGUCAAUGCUUUUAGUGAAAUUACGAAGUAUUUUGUUCUGA